AUGUGGGUGAAGAAGAGGAUGUGACAACUGCCGAGUGUGUGUCUACUGCCUUGGGGAGGCCCUGGCACUUGCACCUGUCCCUCUCCGUCUCCGCGGCCAGGCGCAGUUGUCAAACUGGGAGCGCUGAGAGAGCAGAGCGACGCACUGUAUAUUUGUCAGGCAGAGCAGAGAGGAGAGCGCGGAUCCUCAGCCUGUACACGGAGAGACACAGAGCCAGGGCAAGAUGACUUCAUCCUACAAUCUGGAUUUCCUGCCCGAUAUGAUGGUGGAGAGCCGCUUGCUGGUUCCGGGCGAUAGAAUUAACGGCACGGCCGGGAAGAUGAACGGCGCGCUGGAGCAUUCGGACCAGCCCGACCCAGACGCCAUCAAGAUGUUCGUGGGCCAGAUCCCUCGCUCCUGGUCAGAGAAGGAGCUGAAGGAGCUGUUUGAGCCCUACGGGGCUGUCUAUCAGAUCAACAUCCUCCGAGACCGCAGCCAGAACCCUCCACAGAGCAAAGGGUGCUGUUUUGUCACGUUUUACACACGGAAAGCUGCCCUUGAAGCCCAGAACGCACUGCAUAACAUAAAGACCUUAACAGGGAUGCACCAUCCCAUUCAGAUGAAGCCUGCAGACAGUGAGAAAUCAAACGCGGUGGAGGACAGGAAACUGUUCAUCGGCAUGGUGUCGAAGAAGUGCAAUGAGAACGACAUCCGAGUCAUGUUCUCCGCGUUCGGACAGAUCGAGGAGUGCCGGAUCCUGCGAGGGCCCGACGGACUCAGCAGAGGCCUCAGCCAGAGGGAAGCCAACGUUAAGGGAUGUGCGUUUGUCACGUUUUCUACCAGGGCUAUGGCACAGAAUGCAAUCAAAGCCAUGCACCAGUCUCAGACUAUGGAGGGCUGCUCGUCUCCCAUCGUGGUGAAGUUUGCCGACACGCAGAAGGACAAGGAGCAGCGGCGCCUGCAGCAGCAGCUGGCUCAGCAGAUGCAGCAGCUCAACAACGCCACCACCUGGGGGAGUCUGACAGGGCUGGGCGGCCUCACCCCGCAGUAUCUGGCUGUAAGAGGACACGCCACGUCGCCCACCCCUUACUGCAGCCCCGCAGCCAACGCAUCCGUCGCCGCCGCAUUGCUUCAGCAGGCCACCUCCUCCAGUAACCUGGGAGCCUUCAGUGGGAUCCAACAGAUGGCAGGUAUGAGUGCUCUGCAGUUGCAGAACCUGGCCACUUUAGCAGCGGCAGCAGCGGCGGCCCAAAACUCAGCCAGCCCCAACGCAAACCCCAUGUCCUCCAACGCGGCCUCCCUCGGAGCGCUGGCCAGCCCAGCCAACUCCUCGGGCAUGAACUCUCUGACCUCUCUGGGCACUCUGCAGGGCCUGGCUGGCGCCACCAUGGGUCUCAACAACAUUAAUGCACUUGCAGGUAGCGUCAACAUUGCACAAAUGCUCUCAGGUAUGGCGGCCCUGAACGGAGGCCUGGGCGGCGCGGGGCUGACCAACGGCACGGCGGGCACCAUGGACGCGCUCACACAGGCCUACUCAGGGAUCCAGCAGUAUGCAGCCGCAGCCCUGCCCACCCUCUACAGCCAGUCCCUGCUGCAGCAGCAAGGUGCCGCCGGCAGCCAGAAAGAGGGGCCUGAAGGUGCCAACCUGUUCAUCUACCACCUGCCCCAGGAGUUUGGGGACCAGGACAUCCUGCAGAUGUUCAUGCCUUUUGGAAACGUGGUCUCUGCCAAAGUCUUCAUUGACAAACAGACAAACCUGAGCAAGUGCUUCGGCUUCGUCAGCUAUGACAAUCCCGUGUCGGCGCAGGCAGCCAUCCAGGCCAUGAAUGGCUUCCAGAUCGGCAUGAAGAGGCUGAAGGUGCAGCUCAAGCGCUCCAAGAACGACAGCAAACCAUACUGAUCUUAGCACUAGGGCCUAUCUGCUCCCAUGUUACCACUGCUAGGGUAAGUCCCCAUACGAGCCACGACCUCUACACAGGGACUGGGGGAGGGAAGUGGAGGGAGGGGGGGAGACCAUAUUUGACCACCAGAGGGAGACACUACUUUCUCCUUGAGUUUUUUUUUUUUUAGCUUUUUUGUUUAGCAGUAUUAUUUAUUAUUACUAUUAUGAUUUUUUUUUGUAUUAUCUUUCACAUGAAUGCUUCCAUUACCACCUUUAUUUUGUACCACUUAAAAAAAAGUAGCUAUCAUCGGUAGCUUUUUCAGUUGUAAAACAUAUUUAAUUUUCUACGUGAUUAUUUAUAUACUGUUAUGAGAAUAAUUUCAUUACUCGAAAAACAGAGUAAGAAAAAAAACAGAAGCUAUAUGAUUUAGUUUUUUCUCUUUGUGAACCUGAGGCCUGAUAAAAUGUUGAGAUAAAGGGUUCAUUUCUGACACACCACGCACCGAUAUGCACAUGACCCUUGACCUCCUGGUGUUGGUUUCCGGGCCAACCCCCGCUGCUUCUCUGACCCCUGAUGCCUGCUGACACACCAUGGAACAAAGGGUUAAAAAACGAAACUUAGUGGCCUCUCACCUGUUAGUCGGUCAAUGACAGCAUCCCAUACACUCCUCUAUUUCAUUACUAUCAGGACUCCAGUCAUUUUCAUUUCUUAAUGUGGAGAAUGCUUAUUUCACACUAAAACAAUGUUAGCAAACUAUGAUUUUCUGGGUCAGAUCACAUUGGUCUUUGUUGAAAGGGAUAUUGUGUAGAACAUUUUCAAAGUAACAUCCAGAAUCCGAUGAAGGCUAUAAGAAAAAAAAAAUGUAUGGGUGGGAAGUUAACUGAAAAUACUUGAUGUUUCUUGAGAGAUAAAGAAAGAAAUUCAAAGUACCGAAAGCCACAGGCCUGUACAUUUUAUUUGUAAAAAAAGCAGUUCUAUUUUUAUACCAAAUUUUUACUGCCUCAGAAAAAAAUGAUUUUAUUUAUUGCCUAUCGUUAAGUUAUUGGACUCCUAUAAAGAACAGAAUCCAUUAGAAUAGAACCUUGUUGAGUAGUCUUCUGAAAUUCGGAACUGUAGAAUUCUCUAGAACAGAGCCAGGUUCACACCUCGCUCUACCUCUGCUCCCUUCACUUUCACACACCUCUCUCUGUCUGUGCAUCACAUCUGUCCAUCUGUGAUCAGCUCUUUCUCUCUCUCUCUCUCUCUCUCUCUCUCUCUCUCUCUCUCUCUCUCUCUUUCUCUCUCCAUCAGUAUCGGUACUUCACCUGUCAAAUUUCAACCUUUCCUUGCGUUUCGUUUUUUUGUUCACGUGUUUGUUUCGUUAUGUUUCGUUUGUUUGUACUGUACAAAAACUUUUAAACAGUUUCUCCCAAAUGACAAUCCAUCCUCCUUGCUCUGUAGGAGCAUGUGGUACUGAUGGAUAUAACUUUGGGUGCUCUGUGUGUGAGUGUGUGAUAGUGUGUUUGUACUGUAAAUGUGUGUGUCUGUUAGUAUUAAUCCAAAUUGUAUAUCAUUUUUGUACAAAAAAAAUGAAAUAACGAGAGAUAAAAAAUUGCCAAUUGUGUAGUGGGUGGUGUUGCCAUUAUGACCUGGUGGUUUGCAUUGUUGUUUUGUUGUGUGUUGUUCCCCUGAUUUUAAUGCUGUAGUAAUGUGGUGCCCUGGCUCUCUGUUCUGUGUGUAACUCUCUCCUCUCCCCUGUUUUCUUCCUAUAGAACCCAUCUCCAUGCCUGUUAGCUCAUCGUUUGCCUAGCAUGUCUCUGUGGCGUGGCGUCCAAAAACAAAAAAAUACAAAAAAGUCUCAUCGUCCCGUCAUUGUUUUCUGAUGUCUUUUCUGAGCUCACCUGAUCAUAACCUGGUCUCCGCCUACUGACCUUUUGAACUUAGCUUGACCUUUUUGGACUUUUUUUGCAUGUGACCUCAUGUUGUUCUAUUUUGGGGAGGUGGGGUAGAUGGGGUACAUUGUGGAUGAAGGAGGGCGGGAGGGAGGGAGGGAGGGAGAAAGGGGGGAGCGAAUCAAUGUGAAAAAGUAUAGCAUCAUUCAUACAAAAAGACAGAACUCUUACAGACAAAAACAAAACGUUUCUUUUUAAAAACAGAAAAACCCUGUGGCAAAAUGAUUUCCAUUAGAUUAAUUUAGUUAUGUUACGUUUCCUUCUUAUGUUGGGUUUCGUUUUUUGUUCCUUUUUUUCAGUUAAAGUAAACUUGAAAGUUCAGCACAGGGAUUGGCAUGCUGUCUUGUUUCUGGCUCCACUAGCAAUAUGAGGCCAGAAGCGGACACUGUCUGUGUCCAUGAAAAAUAGACUACUUCCAAACAGUUCUGAAUAAAAACUGUCUGAUCAAUAUUAGACUCUCUCAGAGCUCUGUAAUUGUUUUUACAUUUUUCAGGCAGUGUAAAGUUUUUUGAUAAGGCCAUUUUAAGUGGCUCUGUUUCUCAUUAAAGUAUAUAUAGAACCACUUUUUUCUAGAGUAGUUUAAGGUAUUACAAAAAUGUCAACAAAAAAAGACUUGCCCUGUUUGGGGGGAGAAAUGCUACCUACGUGUCACCUUUUGCUGAACUGACUCACAGAUAGACAAUCCGUGGUUUAAAUGCACAUGAUGAACAAAUGACCUAUAUUUUCUACUGUUUAAAUUAUAGAGCGAAAAAAAAAGAAGAAAAUACCUGUAACCCGCGUUAACGUUGGUGCUUCUUGUGAGUUUAGUUUUGGUUUCAUUACAAGUCUAACGGUCUUAAGUGUCUCAUGUUUUUAAAGAGAAGACUAAAAAAAAAUCUGUUUACUUGAACAAUAGACAAAGCCUUUCAUAUGAAUACUAUUAUAAUUGUUCCUUUUGUCUUUUUUUUUAAGCAGUCCCAAUUUGCUAAAUUUCUUGUUGGGUAAUUAGCUAUAUAAAAUUCCUAAAAAAUAUAUAUAUGAAUAUAUAAAUAUAUAACAUGUCGGCUUGUGAAGCAUCAAUGUUAAUAUAAUUUUAUUUCUAUCGUGGGAAACAAUAUUUAGAUGUGUUUUGUUGUUCAUUAUAAUGUGAUUUUCUUUACUUAUAAAGAAAAAAAGACAAGAUCGGUGGAGUUUAGUGCCAAAUUCUGAAGGUACAUCCUGUCUAUAGCGCGUCAGUGUAUUUCUUGUAAAAUUAUUUGAUAACAUGGGUAUUUUAUUAAGUGUUUUGUAUGGAUCCCUCAUAUGUAAAAAUAUAGAUUUAAAAAAGAGUUUGUUAACUUGCUAUUCUGUGGUCUUGUUGCCUGAAACUGUUCAUGUUUUGCUUUUUUUUGUAAAGAUGUAAAAAGUGCCCAUGUGUCAUAUAUAUAUACACACACUCGCACACUCGCACGUGUACACACACACACUCAUGCAGACCUCACAGUUGACUUUACUUUGUUGUUGUGUAUGAGAGCCCCUGAGUGUGAGAGCCUUUACAGUCCAGUUUCCAUGUUCCUGCCCACCAGCCUUUACAUUACUGUUCACAUGCUCUCUCUCACAUACGUCACUCACAUACAUCACUCACACACACAGUUCUCACAUGAGCCAUUAUACAGAGAAUUCUGCAAAGCCUUAUCACAGGCCCUCACAUGAACACUCACAUGAACACGCUCACAUUCUCGCCGAACACUCUCACUUCAUCCUUUCGCUUUGACAAAUGUAAAGCCUUAUUUUAAGCUUCAUCUCUCUCAUUAUAACCUAAAUCAAGGACAAGUUUUUAGUUGAAGUUGCUACAGACUGGGAUGGGGGCAUCGUUAUUUGCUGGUCAUGUUUGCGUCACCUCAAACAACAUGAAUGCGUUGCUUUCAUGAGGUAAGUGAAGGGCAAGACUUUCCCACACAAGCCUCAAACCCUGCCCAGACCCAGACAAAAUGACGUUGAUAGUACAGAAUGAUUUUCAGCUGUUUUGUUGUUUCUUCCGUUGACAGUUUCUUAUGGACAUGUACCAGUAUUGGUAAUUACACCAUUAUUACAAAAAUAUGUUUGCCCUGUUGUAAAUGUUGUGUAACUGGCCAAAACAGUGUUGAGAUGCCAAAGUAUUAUGUCAAGAUUCUCAUAGUCAAUCCGUUUACAUGACACAAUGCUGUCUGUCCGUCAGUCUCAGUAUUCUGUAAAACUGCCCCGAUUCCCUUCCCUGGAAACCUAGUUUACGGUCUGCAAAACGCAGCACUAUUUUAUACAAAAACUCACCAGUCGCCUUAACCAGGGAGUGUUGUAUCGAAAGACUUGUCUAAUAGGAUCUAAAAUCUGUAUGUAAGUAGGUGGUGUUUGCCAAGUCUAAGUGUACUACUGUAUUGUACUGUACCUCCAGCUUCUCCAACUCUGGGUAAGCAUGUCACCAUUUUGUCCCACAAAACAGAGUAGAGAAGCAAAAUGGCCACCUUCUUCUUUAGUGUGGCUCUCAAACUGAAAACCAAGGGAAAAGAAAUAAGUUAUUGUUAUCCGUUUCAUCGUCUUUUUACAGAAUAACAAGGUUUAUUUGAAAUGCCGAGCCAAAUGGAGGAGGGUUCGUAAAGUGCAGACAGGGGAAAUAAAAUUAGAUGAAAGGGUAGCUUCAGUUCUUAGACAGCAAAACAACAGUCUCAGCCAAGAGGCAGGGCCUUUUCCAUGUCAAAUGACCAAGUCAAUGCCAAACUUCAGUUGAGUCCAUAGCAUACCAAAUUGACAUUUCCUAAAGCAGUAAGCAUGAGUAAUGCCAUAAAAACAGCUCUAACUACCUGCACAAAAGUAAUCAGGAUUGCCAAUAUGUCAUACUACACAUAUAUCAGUGUUAGUAGAUAAUUUUGUCAUUAACGUGCGCUGAUCGUAGUCUCCUUAGGCUAAGACCCUUCAGGAAUCCUCUCUGAGAGGAACAUCUUUGCACUCUAAAUACAUUAGGUAACAUAAACAGACAACAGAGCUACAUCUACUCACGGUGCAGCAUAAUGUGUUGCAGGCGUAGAGGAUUUGGUUUUUCUGUUUGUUUUCGGUUCAUCCCUUAGCCAACUACUUAUACUUUGGGAGAUGGUAAUGUGUGGACAUGUGUGUGUUUUUACAGAACUUAAGCAUCCCCCAAUUCCCAAAUCUCUCACACACACACACACACACACACACACACACACACACACACACACACACACACACAGCGUGGGUUGGCACAGUGUAGUCUGAUUGAAGUUGCAGUCUGUUAGAUGUUUCUGAAAAAGCACAAGAGUGUCCUCCGCAGACAGACCGUUAGACAGGAGUGUCUGUUGAGUGCCUCACAUCUCAGGGGCUGUCAUCACCGAUGCUUGUUGUAAUCUUUCAAUCUUGUCACUGUUCCGUUCUCUGUUCUCUUUCUUUCUUAAUUAUCUAAAGUGCUAUUUAUCAAACAAUUACAUUUUAAAGGAAAAAAACAACUUGUAGUUUCUUUGCAUUUUGGCUUAUUAUGUCAAGUUUUGGGGGGAAAUGUUUGUUUUCUCUCUCUUUCUGUGCCGUAAAGAGCUUGUUGUCUGUAGAUUAAUAUCAUUUUGUUUGAUUCUAAAGGAUUUCAAUAGUUUUAAGUAUUGUCUUGAGAGAAGCCAAAGUCAGUGCAUUUCAGUGGAUUCUGUAAGCGUGAUGUAUGUUUGUUUGACAACACUUCGAAAUCUGUCAUUGGAUGGGAUUGAAAAAGUACAAAAAAUGCAGGCUUUCCUAUUUCUACAAAUGAUUGUACUUAUGCAUUUUGUACCAGUGAAACUUUUUAUACUGGAGAUUAAAGGAAACAAAAAAAACGAUUAGAAAACAAACCUGUCUGGCCUCGUGAUGUGGCCUGACCUUUGUUGACUGGUUCCCGAGUAUGAUUUAUAGCUGGCAUCAAGAAAGUUGUCUUUUGAUAUACGAUUUUCUAGAAGAACUUUGGCUUGGUUUCUUUAAUUAAUUAACUUCUUAUUUUUCCUUACUUCAGUGUUGUUCUUUUUGCAAAGAGGGGUUAGGCGAGUGUUGGUUUCUUUAUGGCUUAUAAAUAGUUAUAGCCAUUUGUCUAUACAAAAAAAAACGGUAAGUUUCAUUUAACUUCUGUAUUGUGACGUCUACAUGAUAAGACAAUUAGGAAUAUAAAUAUUUAGUCACCUUCAGUGGAUUAAUGUAUUAGUUUAAUAAAAAGAUAAACUAAUUAGAGGUUUUUGUUUUUAACUGUUUAGAUUUUUCUGGUUUCUCUGUCCUCUGUGAACUAACUGUGUAGCUGAAGCAGUCAGAAUUAUUUUUGUAAACGUAUGUUCUUGUGUGAUGCAGUUAUUUGCUUCUGUCUCCGAUAUUAAACCAUUUUUCCUAA